GACGCCUACGCGACGCUGGGCGUCGCCCGGGGCCUCGCGGACAAGGACUACAAGGUCGCCUACCUCAAGCAGGCCAAGGUCUGGCACCCGGACCUGCGGCCCGGCGACCCCGAGGCGACGCGCAAGUUCCAGGAGCUCAGCGCGGCCUACGAGCAGAUCAAGGACCAGCGCCUCCGCGCGGCGUACGACGCGCGACAGACCUGGGGCGGCGGCGGCGAGCGGGCGAGCGGCCCCUUCGAC